ACGAUUAGCCGCCCGCCGUUAGUUACAGAAGAAAACACAAUACCGACCGAAUCGGACGUACAGCGGACCGCGACCGUUGCGCGCGUUUAAAGUGUGUGAUUAUUUUUUUUGUUGUUUUGCGUGCAAUUUGACGCGCGCGAAUAUUUGUAAAUUGUUUGUUGGUUAACAAAUAAAAAAAAUGGAAUAAAUAAAAUUGAAGAUUUAAGCGGAAGCCCAAUUUGGUACCAGCAGCAGCAGCAGCAGCAAUCAAGCACUAAAGCCGCGCAGGAGCGAAACUCUGCGCAUUGUCGCCUCGAGGCCACAGCACGUGCCGCAUCAUGACUUUCUACUGGUGGUCGCAUUGGUUCUGGGUAACCUGCCUGAGUGUGGUCCUACUGCCCAAUGGCAUCAUGCAUGUGCACACAUAUCCCAGUCACGAGAUUAGCCUAGAAUCAACUACACAGCAGGAGGAGCGUAUGCUGCAGCGGACGGAAGCAACGAGCCAUGAUGCUGACGGCCGUCGACACACAACGAAGCUAUAUCAGACCACAUCCAGCCAAACAUGGGCGACGGUCACACAGCGCAAUAUCAUGGAUUUGACUAUUAAAACGACGCCAGCGGCCAAAGUAACUCCCGCUGUUUAUGCAGACGACAGCCUGCCGGAGAGUGUCGAUGACAUGGAAGGGCCCUUCUCGGAUGCCAUUGAUGAUAAUGAUGAUGACGGUGGUGUUGAGAAUGAUGAUGACGACGUCGACAACGAGGGCAAUACGGAUACUGCAGAUAUGGACGACGGCGACAAGGAGAAUGACGAGGCAACUGUUAAGCUAACGCUGUCACACAAUCAGUUCGAGUUUAAGCGCUCGGCAGACUUUGCGUCGGCGCCAGCAAGCCCUGCCGUUCUGCCAUCCGCGCCACUGAACAACUAUACGAAUUUUAGUCGUAGCACAAGUACAAAUACCAAUAGCAACAGCAGCAGCAUCGCUUGCAACUCCACGUGCAUGGCAGCUGCUUCCAAGGCCAGUGGCGCCGCCGUUAACACAACAAUUGUGGCAACAUCCACGUUAGCUGCUGCAGCAGCGGCAGCAGUCACAACAACUAAAACCACAACAGCAACAUCAUCAACAACGACAUCAACAACGAGCCCGCCAACGAAUAGCACCGGCCAAGCCGUGCCCGCAACGCCCUCGACGCCAAAGAUCAACACCGAAUGGCUAUCCGAUGAGCUGCAGCGAGUGUCGUUCACAUUGGAGAACGCCAACAAGGAGGAUGAACUGCGACGAGCUGAAAGCGAACAUCGUUCGCGCAAAUCCAAAGUUUUGUCCGCCGAAUAUAAGCACGUCAAUCGCUAUAUCAACUACUCGAGCGACACAAAGAGCCUUCUAACACGCUCCGCAUCGGCGGCACCCAGCAUCUCUGGUUACGACGCCGCGGAUGAGGGCAACAUAUCCUCCGAGGCGCUGGCCAUUCAACGCACCUAUUUCCUCGAUGCUGGCGCCAUCUCGGCCAUUUGCUUUACGGUUUUUGGCAUUUGCUGUACGGUGGGCACAAUUGGAAUUGUGCUGUAUCGUCGGCGAUAUGUUAAUAAGCCCCAGGCGCUAAGCGAGCCAGACUCGAGCGUUUACAUCGAUGAUAGCACGAUGCGUGUAAGUGAUAACUCGGACGAGAUGUAUAGUCUGGACAAUGACUCAUUCCUCAACUCCCUGGAGGCAAUGACAAUACAGAACUAUUGGACGGACACGGUCAAACAUACAAAGCUUUAAUUUCGAAUGUCUGUUGUGGAAGCCUUCCUUCAUGGUCUCGUCUCAUCCGUUCAUCCAUAUGUUCAGUACUUCCAUUCUGUCCUCUAUAGCGACCUAUCCUUCACACAACAAACAACAACAAACACACAUCAUAAUCAUUAAGUAGGCGUCAAAGAGCGCAGUGUAGCAUUUAAGAAGGGCCCUCCCGACAGGGCCAGAUGUAUGUAUUUACUAAUUGAUAGGCAUUCGUGCAGCUCAAAGGGCUUGUAGGCGACCAAACGAGCAACUAGUGUUAAGCCAACUACCAAAAUUAUGUUUAGUACGUCUAUAUAAUAUAUACUUUAAGGGCGCAAUGUUAUUUGCAUAGUUUUAACUGUUGAUACUGUCUGUCUGCAA